UUCUGAAAGAGAGGAAAGAUAAAAAAAAACACAGAGACUUUGACGUUCAACUCCAAUGUUCGAUCAGACCACGAAUAUGGGCGAUGGGCUCGCAGAAGACAGAAACCACCUCCGUGGGUCCAGCUCGCUCAGCCCCGACGUAGCGACAGGCAGAAAGUGCCGCACCGAGCUGGAGAGUCUGUCCCCCGGACAGGGGACCGCGGACACUCCCGCGACCUCCUCUUCCACCACACCGAGCUCGUCCAGCGAGGACGGGCACGACAAACUUUCAGGAGUGGACCCCGAUUAUUGCAGAAGGAUUCUAGUGCGGGACGCCAAGGGCACCAUCCGCGAGAUCGUGCUGCCCAGGGGCCUGGACCUGGACCGGCCCAAGCGCACGAGGACCUCCUUCACGGCGGAGCAGCUCUACCGGCUCGAGCUGGAGUUCCAGCGCUGCCAGUACGUGGUGGGCCGCGAGCGCACGGAGCUGGCCCGGCAGCUCAGCCUCUCGGAGACGCAGGUGAAGGUGUGGUUCCAGAACAGGCGCACCAAGCAGAAGAAGGACCAGACCAAGGACAUGGACAGGCGCUCCUGCUCCUCCUCCGAGUCCCUGGCCACCUGCAACAUCCUGCGGCUGCUGGAGCAGGGCCGGCUGCUGUCGGUGCCGGUGCCCCCCAGCCCGCUGCCGCCCCCGCCGGCCCUGGCGCCCACCUCGGGCAGCUCCUCCCCGGGGCUCAGCAGGACCCCCCCCGGCUCCGGAAGCACUUUCCGGCUCCCCGUCCCCUCUCUGGGCCCGCCCCCGUCCCCCCACGUGGGGGCCCCCCAGCUCUGCUUCUCCGUGCCCCCGCCUGGCGGCUCCAGCUGCGGCUUCUCGGCCUUCGAGCCCUACACGCGGAUAGAGAGGAAGGAGGCCGAGGCCUGCGGGAGGAAGAGCAGCUCGUAGAGACCCCCGGGACCGCGGGACAGAGGCGUGUGUGCGGCGGGGGGGACCAGCGGUCUGCAGGCAGUUCCCGGCGUUUCGACGUGCUGUCCCGGCGUGUCUCCUGGAAGACGGUUGGGCGUUUAUUAUUGCCUCCCCUCCUGCCCCCUGACCUCUGGAGCACCUCGCCCUGCUUGUCCCUUGUCUCCCGUUUCCGGUCCUCGACUGCCACUCUUUUCCAGGAUGCUUUCUGCUCGCAGUCUCUUGCAGACGCUCUGCCCGGGAGUCUCCAGUCUCAGACUCUCUGUGCCAGUGUCUGUGGCGCACUGCGGCACUGCGGGGGGGCAGUUUCAAGAGGAUCAAAGAGCCCUGAGACACUGAACCUGCUCUAGGGCUUGACCGUCCCCGGUAUAACUGUAGUUUAAAUUCUGUGCAUCAGUGUUUCUGAUGUCCAGCUUUUCAGAAAUGAAGAGAAACUUGUGGUUUGAUAGUAAAAAAUUGAUGAUUUUA